GCGUCUCCGCGUCGGCCUGCUCUGACCCCUCCGCCGCCGCCUCUCGAGGUGGGUGACCAACCAAAGAAGUUAUGAAUAUCAUCUGGGGUCUAAAGUUUCCAUGCAGGAACUGUAUUUUCUUUCAUCUGACUUCUUUCACCAAGCAGGGGAAGUGCAGUAAUCUCUACAGAUCUCAUGCAGGAUAUAGCCAAACUCAGCCCCCUUUUACACAAGAUACAUGUCAAAAGCUGCAUUUGAGUGGAAGUGCUAGAUACUGUGCUUUGACUGGAAGCCCUAACUACUAUAAGAACUCCAUCAGUAAAGGACAGAGAUGUCUUUUGAAUGCCUCAAAUACAGAAGUGUACAGGAAUGCAUACCACAGUUGGGGAAGAUUUUGCUUUCAGUCUGCUUGGACACAACAGGAGAAGGCCCCAUCCUUCCACAUCAGUUCUACAGGGCAGCACCCACAUCCUUUUUGUGCUUGGAACAUUCAGAUCAUCAGGUGUCUUCACACAUCACCGUCAUUUCAGGCUGCACCAGUUCCUCUUUUCUGGAUUAUUAUUAAGCCAGCUCAAAAAUUGCUUGCAAUCAUUCUUGGCAGGAGCAUAAGAAAUUGGUGGAAGGCACUUCCUCCUAAUAAACGGGAACUUUUAAAAGAAAGUGCAAGAAAAAAUAAGUGGAAGAUACUCCUGGGUGUCAGUAGCUUAGGAGUUUUAUUUGUCAUAUUUUAUUUUACUCACUUAGAGGAGACACCCAUGACUGGGCGUCCUCGACUGUUGGUGUUUGGAAAAGAGCAUUUUAGGCAACUGUCACAGAUGGAGUAUGAUAUGUGGAUGGAAGAAUUCCAAAGUAAAAUGUUACCUGAGACAGAUGCACGCUAUCGGGUGGUGGAGACAGUUUUGGGGCACUUAUCUGAAAGCAAUAAGGACAUCCCACGGAUCUCAGCCCUCCAGUGGGUUAUCCAUGUGGUAGAUGAACCAGAUAUAAAUGCUUUUGUGCUUCCAAAUGGUCAGGUGUUUGUUUUCACGGGAUUGCUUGAUGCAGUUUCUGAUGUUCACCAGCUGUCUUUCAUUCUGGGACAUGAAAUAGCUCACGCUGUGCUGGAGCAUGCAGCAGAGAAAGCCAGCCUGGUUCACUUCUUGGAUUUUCUGUCGCUCAUCUUCCUCACUCUGAUUUGGGCCAUCUGUCCUCGUGAUAGUCUGGCAGUUGUUGGCCAGUGGAUUCAGAGCAAGCUGAAGGAGUUUGUGUUUGCCAGACCAUACAGCAGAAUAUUGGAAGUUGAAGCUGAUAAAGUGGGACUUGAGCUUGCAGCAAAGGCCUGUGUGGAUGUACGAGCAAGCAGCGUGUUUUGGCAACAGAUGGAGUUAGCCAGAAGCAUCCAAGGGGAGCCCAAGUUACCAGAGUGGCUUUCCACACACCCCUCUCAUGAAAACAGAGCUGAGCACUUAGACCGGCUUAUCCCAGAGGCUCUUAAAAUAAGAGAGAGCUGCAACUGCCCAUCUCUUUCUGGACCAGAUCCUCGCCUCGUUUUCAAACGUAACAUACAAUAUCUUCUGGAAUUGUCCAAAGACCAAGAAACCUCAAAUUCUACAAAGCAAGAGCUCUCAAAACCAAAACCGGAUUUUCCUCAAAAAAUGGAAAAUAUGCCAGUAACUUUUGCAGUUAAACCUACAAACUAGUGAUAACAGUUUUCACUUUUUAUGAAACUGGUGGGUCUUGAAAGUCUGUCUUACACAGAUUUGCCUUUGAACCAUAAAGAACAUGUAAGCCACUCAUUCUCUUGUUUCUUUCAUGUGAUCUCUCAAAGCAAUAAGGAACCAUGCCCACACAAGAAGAGCAGUGUGUUGGAGCAGCAAAUUUCUUAUUCAUCAAGAGUUACUAAAAUAAAUCACUUCUCAGGGGAAGGAUAAUCUCAUACAAUCCAGUCACAUAGUGUAAUUUUCAGCUUUAUCAGGCUGACUUUAAUCAGAAGACUGGGGAGCCAGAAGCAUCCCUAAAGCAGAGCAAAAAGUACAGUUUUCCUCACUUAAGUUGUCUGGCUUAUCUUGCUGUAACUUGGGUUAGAUCUACUCAGCUUCAUUUGAGAAAUAGUGAGGAGAGCUUCCUUACCUCCUGCUCCACAUAUAGUAUGUUUAAAAAUACUAAGCUAGUAUGUGGUAAUAGCCUACGGGCUAGAUACAUCCCCCUCUUAAUUAGGUGGAUUUACUGCUGGGAUUUUUCUUGUUUCUGAGGCAUUUUAGAAUAUGGAUUGAUUCAACAUUUUUCUUCAAAGCAACCUGAAAGGGUUGUACAAAGUUCAAUUUAAAAAAGCAGUUAAAUAAUUUUCAAGGAACUCUUUCUUCUGAAGGAAAGGCUGUACAGGAACCAUGAGUUUGUAGCACCAGGAUGCUUUGCAAGGAUGGCUGCUGCCUUUUUUAAAUGAUCAGGUUGCCUCAUCAGAGGGCAGUUUCACAUCAGUGACAUUGAUUUGGAUGUAUCCAUUUGGAUAGAAGUGACUGCUGAUGUGCAAAUACAUUGUAUAGCAGACAAAUACCACAAGGGUUCUUGACUGCACAGCUUUUGCAGCUGUACCUUAUCCUAAAAGGUGACUCCUCUUCAGGAAAUUGGUAUCUAAUGCUGAGUAUUCCUACCCUCAAAUCUCCCUGAAGCCACUCAUUAUACAGCAUGGAGAGCAGUUUUCUCAAGAUAGGUAAAGCUCUGCUUUCAUCAUGGGCUAGCCAGUGUAGCCAGCAGAUUAAUCUUUAUUUGCACAUGUGAAUUAUCCUUGCUUUGCAGUUGAUGAAAAUAUCAAAAUGGUGAUAUUGCAGGAAGAUUUACAAAGGAGUUAAUUAAAACAAACAGGGAAAUCCCAUUCUUUUAUCUCUUAA